CUGGGCCCCAGACCUGGAGUGGGGAAGGGAAGUGUGUGGGCGUCUGUGCCACACAAAGUCCGAGGCCCCCAGGGGACACAGUGAGCGUUUGGCUCCGGGGGUCUUUAAUGGGUUGAUUGAUGUGAGUGGAUGGUGUGCAUUUCCUUGAUGAGACUUUUAGAGGCCAGGCUCGUGAUCUCCGUUUCUGAUCGGCAUGUCAGCCUGCAACUAUCCUGCAGGCAUGUGAGACAGUUUCACAUACCCUGCUUCUGCGUCCUCAGAGCCCUGACAGUGUCCUGACUGCGCUGGGAACUUUGCUUCAUCCCCUGGGCUGAAGACACGCGGAGCUUUGCGAUGAAUUCUCUGGGCCGUGCAGCUUUCCUGCUUCUGCUGGGUGUGGCUGUUUCCCAGAACAGCCGCGGCCCCAAGCCCAGCGGCAAGGCCCCCCGAAAGACAGGAACCCCGGUGGGGGAGGCUGCUCCUGGGCGCCCCGAGGACGAUCCCCUCCCGGCUCAGUGGGGGUCCACGCAGGUUGGUAAGGACCUGAAGACCCCCCAGACCCAGAAGCCCAGCGAGGACAUGAACCUGCACUUCCUGAAGAACGCCCAGGUCACCUGUAACGACGGGACAGCAGCAGGAUUUUACCUGAGAGAGUGCAAAGGAAGCAAACGGUGGCUGAUAUUUUUAGAAGGUGGCUGGUGCUGCUAUAACAAAGAGACCUGCGAUUCAAGAUACAAAAAUAUCCCUCGUCUCAUGAGCUCAUCGGAAUGGCCACAAUCGCGUAAAGGAAGCGGGAUUCUAUCCUCCGAGGCAGAUGAGAACCCCCACUGGUGGAACGCCAACAUGGUGUUCAUCCCCUACUGCUCCAGUGACGUGUGGAGUGGCACCUCCUCAAAGACGGGCCAAGGAAAGGAGCCAGUUGAAUAUGCCUUCAUGGGUUCCCUGAUCAUCCGGGAGGUUAUUAAAGACCUGGUUUCCAAAGGGAUCAAACAGGCCAAGGUGGUCAUGCUGGCUGGCACCAGCGCCGGGGCGACGGGCGUCCUGCUGAACAUCGAGAAGGUGUCCAGUCUCCUGGCGCAGCUGGGGACCGAGGCUCAGGUGCGAGGCCUGGUGGAUUCCGGCUGGUUUCUGGAGAGCAAGCAGGCGAGAGCCCAGGAGUGCCCCGACAACGCUUCCUGCACGCCCACUGACGCCAUCAAGAAAGGCCUCAGGCUGUGGAAUGGCAUCAUCCCCGAGAAGUGUCGGCAGCAGUUCAAGAAGGGCGAGGAGUGGAGGUGCUUCUUCGGACCUAAGCUGUAUUCUUCUUUGACCCGUGAGUCUCCUGCUCCCCUGUUCGUGGUGCAGUGGCUCUUCGACGAGGAGCAGCUGCGGGUGGAGGACAUCUUCCUGGGGGGCCGGCCUCUGUCCGAGCACCAGUGGGCCUACAUCCAGGGCCUGGGCCGCGAGCUGAAGAGCUCCCUGCGGGACGUGACGGCGGUCUUUGCUCCUUCGUGCCUGUCCCACACGUUGAUCACUAAACGGAACUGGAUGGAUUUCCAGAUCAAGGGCACCUCCCUCUCCCGUGCCCUGCAGUGCUGGGACAAGAGCCUCCAGGAUGCCAGCCGGAACGGCAAGGCGCCCGUCAAGGGCUGCCCCUAUCACCUCAUCGACAGCUGCCAGUGGCCCCAGUGCAACCCCACCUGCCCCGCCCUGCUGGACCAGACCACCCAGCAGGAGCUCAGCCUGCUGCAGGUCCUCGUGAGCUUGGGCCUGGACCUGCAGCAGGUAGGCCUGGACCUCCCUGGGGAGGCCAGCCACCUGGCAGGCAUGGUCAGCAGUGGGGGCUAGAAGCUGCCGUGUGGUCUGGGAGCAGUGACGGCCGGUGGUGCUGUUCUAAGGGGGGGGGGGAGUCAUCUUACGAUGUAAUCUAAUGAAACGCAACAAAACAGAUCUACCUCUGAUCUCCACUUUGGCCCCUCAGCAUUCCACUCUACUCCAGCGUUAGACGUUGUAACCCGUGAUUAUUUCACUGCGCUAUUAGAGCAAGUCACUCUUGGACUUGUCGGAUAGAUCGCCCCUUGCCUUGUACUGGUCCCAGUUAGCUGCGUCUCUGUUCUGAGCAAAUUCUACAAGCUGGGCUGAAUCAGAUAACGAAAAAGGCUUGUGUUUGUACUUAACCUGCCUAGUGAAACUACAGUAUAAGAUGUCGGUCUGCCUUAUGUUCGAGCUGUGUAUCUCUGUGCAAUUCCAAGAGUCAGAAAACAAGUGAAGAAGUAUCUUUUGGACCUGAAAGGUAUCCAGGAGCCCCAGGUGAACAGGUAGAUUAUAAAUUAACUGUGGAUGCUGGAUUAACACCUAAUAGGUUCACAAGACCACCACUUCCACUUGUAGAUUCUGUGUGCUCUCUGUGUUAGUGGUAAAAGUUACUAAGUUCUUCUGUAGUGCUGCAACAUCAUUUACUGUGCAUUGACUGUGAUUUCAGGAGAGGAAUGAGGGAGACAUCAUGAUCUCUCUCUAUUUUACUUUUUAAUUGUCAAUUUUAUACUUUUCACUGACUGCCACCACUGAUACAUAAUACUGUACAUAGGAAGGUAGAAAUAUUUGAAUAUUUAUUUAUAUAUAUAUCCAUUAAUUAUGCUUGAUGGUGUGGUUUGAAAUUCCUGUUUAUUAAUGAAUUAGCAGGAAACUUUCUAGGUCUGUCACUCAGCCUGGUUACUGUCACUCAGUUGUUGCAUGGUAUUCAGAUGCAAAGCCAAGGGAACUUUGAUGAGGGCAGGAGAUCAUAAACCCUAUAGAUAAGGUCUUGGGAUUUGAUUAAGUUAGCAAUAUGAGAAAUGUAGCGAUUUGAAGUGUGCGAUACUUGUUAUAAGCAAUGGGUUCAGUUCUUGAAGACUCGCGAGGAGUUUUAAUUUUAUUGUGUAAAUUUGUCUGGUCUUUUUAGACGUACGAUUUCAACUCCAGUAAUGAGAGAAUAAAUGUACUGUAUUAUUACUAUAUAUGCUAUGUAUACUGCUUUUUGUGAUUGUUGCUUGCAAGUUUUGAAUUGCGAUACGUGUGUGUGCUCUGAAAAAUGACAUUCACAUCCAGCUCUCUGGACAGACAACAGAGUGGGAAACUCUCGGUGGGAAAGAUGGACAGAUUCUGGAGGGCACUAGGCAAACGAAGAUAUUUGUUUUGGGUGCAAGAACCACUUAUAGAAGAUUUCCGCAGAGAGUGUUCUUGAAACUGGUAUUAGCACCAAAUGUGUGUCAACCCCAGAGUCCUGUGGAAACAACUUGCUACCUAGAGAUGGCUUUACAGCAGUCUUAAGCACUGGUGGGGAAACUGGUCUUGUUGGGGUUUAUUCGUUCUGUGUGACUGCUGUGUCCACCUACAUGCUGCUUAUUCUUACUCUAUAAUAUUUCGUCAUGUACAGUAUAUACAAUAAAUCUAUACUCUAAAA